AUGUUCUUCAAUGAAAAAAUAAAGAUAAUGCCUCUCGGUGCAGGAAACGAGGUGGGGAGAUCGUGUGUUAUUGUUGAGUGCGGGGGUAGGACUAUAAUGCUGGACUGCGGGGUACAUCCUGCAUACACUGGAAUGGCGUCUCUUCCUUUUCUGGACCUUGUGGACCUGUCCAAGAUAGAUGCAGUGUUCAUCACCCACUUCCAUCUGGACCAUGCUGCCGCCCUGCCGUUUUUGACGGAGAAGACGAGCUUCAGGGGAAAGGUGUACAUGACACAUCCCACAAAGGCCAUUCUCAAGUGGCUUCUGAACGACUACAUCAGAAUCAUCAAUGCAUCGUCUGACACGGAUUUCUACACGGAGACCGACCUGGUCAAGUGCUACGACAGGAUCAUACCGAUUGACUAUCACCAGGAGGUCAAUGUGAAGGGAAUCAAGGUCAAGGCCCUGAAUGCAGGACAUGUGCUGGGGGCUGCCAUGUUUCUGGUUGAAAUAGAAAAGAGCAAAAUCCUCUAUACAGGAGACUUCAGCAGGGAGGAAGAUAGGCAUCUCAAGGCAGCAGAGUCUCCUGGAUGCAAGAUAGAUGCAUUGAUAACCGAGUCUACAUAUGGAGUCCAGUGCCACCUCCCAAGGGCAGAAAGAGAAGGGAGAUUUACAAGUAUUGUCCAGAAUGUUGUCCAAAGAGGAGGAAGAUGCCUUCUUCCUGUGUUUGCUCUUGGAAGGGCACAGGAGCUGCUUCUUAUUCUUGAGGAGCACUGGGGCUCGAACACCUCACUGCAGAAGAUCCCGAUCUACUAUGCAUCUGCACUGGCAAAGAGAUGCAUGGGGGUGUAUCAGACAUACAUAGGAAUGAUGAAUGAGAGGAUUCAGAAGCUGAGUCUUGUUAGGAAUCCGUUUGCAUUCAAGUAUGUCAAGAACCUGAAGGGGAUAGACUCGUUUGACGACGAGGGCCCGUGUGUGAUUAUGGCGAGUCCUGGAAUGCUUCAGAGCGGACUUUCGCGAGAUCUCUUUGAGAGGUGGUGUUCUGAUAGUAAGAACGCGGUGAUAAUACCUGGAUACUGUGUGGACGGGACUCUUGCAAAGGAGAUCCUGAGCGAGCCCAAGGAGAUAGAGGCGAUGAAUGGAAAGAAGCUUCGGCUCAACAUGUCAGUGGAAUACAUUUCGUUCAGUGCGCAUGUGGAUUUUACACAGAACAGCCAGUUUAUUGAGGAGUGCCAGCCUAAGUAUCUCUUCUUUGUGCACGGAGAGAUGAAUGAGAUGCAAAGGCUCAAGAAUGUGAUACAGCAGAGGAAUGAAAAGAGGGGGGUUGAGAUGGUACUCUAUACUCUUCGGAAUGGGGAGGAGGCAGGGUUUGAUCUGGCAAAGGACAACGAGGCGAAGAUCUUUACCGGGGUUGAAGGAGAGUUUGAGGGGAUUAUUAUAGGGACUGAGGAUGACAUCAGGAUAUAUAAGAGAGAUGAGCUGAUUGAGUCGAAAUACAAGGAGAUGUGUAUAUAUGAGAGACAGAGGAUUCCAUACAAUUCCACAGCCGUUCUCCUGAAGCAGGUUCUUGUGGAUGGAUUUGAGGAGCUUGUUGAGGUUGAGUCUGGAUUCAUGGUCGGAAAUGUACAUAUUGUGCUGUCUGGACAGGAGGUCGUGCUUGAAUGGAAGAGCAGCUAUACGGAUGAUGUUUUGGCAAUAUCUAUAAGCAAGAUGAUAUCUGACAUUGGGUUGAAGACCAAGAGUGUUAGGCUGAGUAAGAUGGGAAAGAAGGAGCUAUUGGUGAGUGUUUUGAAGAACCACUUCAUGGUUGAGAAAGAGAACGAUGAUAUAAAGGUUAUGAAUGGAGAUAUGAUGGCGCGAAUUAGUGGUGAUGGUGUGACUGGAGAUGCUGGGAUAGUGGACAAGAUAAAUGAGUGUAUCAAAAAGAUAGAGGCGAUAUAUUUGAGAGAUUAG